GGGCGCGAACGCCGGCUACCCCGCCCGGCACCGCAUCCUGCCCAGGGGCACCGGGACCCCCGCGCGGGCGCUCGGGGAGAGCGCCGCCGGCUGCGAGGCCUCGGGGUGCAGGGGCGGCCCCGGGACCCGGCGCUCUCCGGCGUCCCCCCGUGCCCCCCGGCGCGUUCCCGGGACUGGGCACCGGAGCCGACCUCCCCUGCCGCUGGGGCACGCGCCCCGCCCUCGCCUCGCCUCGCCCAGGCCCGACUCGGGCAAACUUUUUAACCCUUCUGGAGCCGCGGCCCCCGGGACGCAGCCGCACGGGUUGGGAGCCCGGGGCAGCCGCUCCCGUGGAAGUUCCCGGCGUCGGAGGCACGGAGGAUGCAGCAGAACCUUCCAGGCGAGAGAGUGGCUGAAGAGCUCCAAGGCAAUUCUGUCCAUGACCGGUUUCUUGAAUUCGUAAAGUCAGAUACUAGCAGGUUUAUUGAGGAUGCCCGCAAGUAUUUUCAGGACAAAGUGAAACCAUCUUACCUGCUACUCCUGCUGACUGACGAUAAAGCCUGGGAGGUAUUCGUGACUGCUGCUCAACUAAAUGGGUAUCAGGCACAUGAGCUCCGUGAAGCUCUGUUCAAGAUUACAAAAUACAUGAUGGUGAAGGAUGAGAACUGGGACCAUAAAGACCAGCAGUAUGGGGAGUUUUUUUUGCAUUUGUUUCCUCCGUUGAAAAAGGAGCUUGAGGAUCACAUAGGGAAGCUCCGUGCCCUUGCAGACGGGGUUCAGGGUUUCCACAGAGGCACCACCAUCGCCAAUGUGCUGGCCAGCUCUGCCGGCACUAUCUCCGACUUCAUAUUCCUUGCCGGCCUGGGUCUGGCAGUCCUGACAGACGGAGCUGGCUUUCUAUUGUUGGAAGCUGGGAUGGCGCUGGGACUAACGGCCUCUGUGGCUGAGACUACCAGCAGUGCCGUGGAAUAUGCAAAGAAGUUGCGGGCAGAAGCCCAAGCCCGAGACCUGAUCAAUAAAAGCAACACUGAUGUACUAAAGGUGAUCAAGGAGUUCAUGACUGAGAACACACCCAGCCUUCUUUCCAUAGCUGACAAUUCUUACCAACUCAUGGAAGGCAUUGGGAAGGACAUCCGUGCCAUCAGGCAAGCCAGAGCCAACUUUCAAUCAGCGCCAUCUGCCCCUCCCCCCGAGGUCAUUGGGCGAACCUCAGCUGAAGGCGAGGAACUGGUGGAGAGAGUUGCUGAAAGGCCGGCCCUGGCACUGAGCAGAGGAACCAUGAUCGCGGGUGCGGCCAGCGGAGGCAUCUUGCUUGUGCUGGAUAUGUUCCACCUUGUGUACGAGACAAAGCAUUUGUUGGAGGGGGCGGAGUCAGAGUUAGCUGAGGAGCUAAAGGAGCGGGCUCAGGAGCUGGAGGAGAAGCUAAACAUGCUCACCAAGUGGUAUGAGUUUCUGCAGGCGGGCCGAGAACAGUGACCCCAGAGCAGGCACAGGCCAGCACAAAAGGCAAACGUUUUUUCUGUUUUUGGGAUGAAGUCUCACUGUAUCACCCAAGCUGGAGUAC